UAGAUUUUCCUCCUCUCAAGAUUAUCCCUGGACUACAUUUAUCCAAAGUUAUCAGCAAAGUUCCUCAUCAUUCAUUCAACAGCAGCGUCACCGAUAAAUGGCUCUUGAACGAAAUAGACUUACGAACCAAUGGAUCCAAACUUAUAGCAGUUAUCGGUAAGAUCGGCUGUGGCUGUCCUCAUCAAAGGUAACAUGGCUGUCGUCCCUCAAAUAGCUUGGGUGUUUUCUGGUACCAUACGAGACAAUAUUCUCUUUGGAAGCACUUUUGACAAAAAUACGUACGAUGACGUUGUUAGGUCAUGCGCACUCGAUACCGACUUUAAGAUAUUGCCACAUGGUGAUUUGACAUACGUUGGGGGAAAGAGGCGUUAGACUCAGUGGUGGUCAACGGGCAAGAAUCAAUUUAGCACGUGCAGUAUAUCAAGCUGCAGAUAUUUAUCUACUUGACGAUCCUCUCAGUGCCGUUGAUUCUAAGGUCGGUCGUCAUGUGUUUAAUGAGUGUAUCAUAGGAUUAUUGUCUAAUCGACUCCGAGUACUUGUCACACAUCACUUGCACUAUCUUAAAGAUGUGGAUGAAAUUGUGAUCAUGGAGAACGGGACGAUUGUUAAACACGGGACCUUUGAUGAGAUAGACCUGGCUCAUGAAAGUCUUGUGAAAAUAAUAAGUACGAAAGAAAAUGGGAAAUAUGAAGCUGUGCUGCCGAAGGAAACUGAAAAGGUGGAUCAUCGAAUGAAAGAUGAAGAUGAAGAUAAUAAUAGAAUGGAAGAAGAGGAGAAAGGCGUGGGAAAAGUCUCUUGCAAAACGUACUGGAAGUACAUGCGGUCUGGAAGCAGCAUUCCUGGCCUAAUCAUUUUAUUUUUACUGGGAUUGUUUAGCCAGUGCUCAUCAAAUGGCGCUUACUUUUGGCUUUUACACUGGAUCAAACUUUCUCCCAAACAGCAACAGAGUUUAACCAACCUUUACAUUUAUUCAGCAAUAGCCUUCUGCUCUUUUUCCAUUUAUAUAAUGCUUACAAUCGGUGUACUUACUCUGUGCCUGAAUGCUUCCAAAGAGUUGCACAAGCAAAUGGUAUCCACCAUAUUAAGAUGUCCCAUAAGGUUUUUCGAUAUCAAUCCACCAGGAAGAAUCCUCAACCGUUUUUCGCAAGAUACGUUCGUAUUGGAUGAUACCCUAGUGGAGGUGUCUCUCCGCAAUUUCAUGAUGCUUUUUAUAUGCACUUUUGAUUUUGGAAUCAUGUGUGUCACCAAUGCAAUAUUGGUUGUGCUCACUUUACUUGUGAUAUUUUUUUAAAUAUUUGAGGCAAGGUAUUACUUACAGGCGUCAAGAGAGGCUCAAAGAUUGAUGGCCAUAUGUGGAAGUCCUGUUUAUGAACACUUCGUACAGACCAUUGAAGGAGCACACAUUAUCAGAGCAUUUGAUCGAAAAGACCUACAAACUAACAAAAUGCAAAGGUAUCAAGAUAACAUGAAUAAGGCAAUGCUAGUGGUAUUUGGUCUCAAAUCGUGGAUAGUUUUAAGAGUAGAUUUGAUGUUAGCAUUGUGCGUGAUCUGCGUUACAGUUGUCUCUCUGUUGACCAGUCAGGAUAGCACUUUAGUGGGAUUUCUGAUUUUCUAUGCGAUAAAACUGGCUUCUACGUGGAAUAUUGCCUUUGCUGUAGGAAACUUAGAGAAUGCUAUGACAUCAGUAGAGAGAGUGAUACAAUACACUGACCUUAAAAGGAAUCCUGGCUAUGCAGUGAAGACUCGACCACCACAACAAUGGCCUGAAAAUGGGUCUCUGUCUUUCAAUGAUGUCACGCUGACAUACUAUCCUGGAGCACCGCAGGCACUCAAGGGCAUCAACUUGAACAUCCAAUGUGGAGAGAAGAUUGRAAUAGUGGGACGAACGGGUGCUGGAAAAUCUUCYAUCAUAUCAGCUCUUUUUCGACUUCCUCAAGUGCAUUCAGGGUCCAUUGUCAUUGAUCAGGUGGUCAUUGAAGAUCUUAACGUUCAAGACAGUCGCAGUACUAUUGGUUGYAUUCCACAARACCCAUUUCUAUUCAUAGGAAGUCUUCGAUUUAAUCUGGAUCCUACUGACAACUGCCCAACCAGUCAGCUGUGGUCGGUGUUAGACCAAGUUCAACUAAAAUCAUUCGUAGAGUCCAUCCCCGAGGGUCUUGAAUACAUGGUCAAGGAAGGAGGGUCCAACUUCAGCGUGGGCCAAAGACAACUAUUAUGCCUUGCACGAGCUCUCUUGCAGAAGAAAAAGAUAAUAGUACUAGACGAAGCUACUGCCAACGUAGACUUUGUCACAGACAGACUCAUUCAAGACACCAUCAAAUACCAACUACGAGAACAAACUGUUCUGGCCAUAGCACAUCGUCUGGACACUGUUCUUGAUUAUGACAGAGUUGUUGUUAUCGAGAAAGGGAAAGUUGUAGAAAMUGGUCAGCCAAGAGUUCUGAUGAUUCAAGAGAACAGCAUGUUUGGUUCUCUGUAUCAAACUAAAAUUAAAUAG